AUGUCAAAACUCCUCUCGGUACAUCGCUGCUUCCUUUUCAUUAUGCUUUUGAUCGUUGGGGCUCGACUGGCCACCAUGAUCCCCUUCCUUUUACUUCUCGUGAUCCUACCACUAGUCAUGUGCGAUCCAUUACAGCUAGACCUGUUAUCGACUUCCAACACAUCAUGGACCGCGUCCCAUAAUGCUUCGACCCUCAACGCAACUCGUCUCACAACGGACAACGACUGCUUCGACGACAUCCUAGGCAAGAUCUUCCCACUCACCAAAUCCGACUGCGAACACGCCCUCGACACACUCGUCAAGGGGAAAUCGUUAGUAGAGCCUCACUAUUUCGGCUACCAGUCCCGUGGCGUAACGGAUCGACUGCCGUUGAAAGCUGAAUACGGAACCUGCUCCAUCACCUUUAUGAUGUUUGAUCUCGACAAGCGGAUCGCGUUGACAUAUGCCGAGAUCUAUGCGGAGCUGUUGGGUCCUGAUGGUGUGCUGAAGGAGUGCCUGGGUCCAAGUGUGCCAGCAGAGGAUGCUUUGGGAGGGCAAACGGUGCUCGGGCCGCGGAAUUUGCUAAUUGUUGAUGUGGAGGGGAGACCUUACAACGCGGAGGAUCAGAAGAGCCGGUGA